AUUACUCUUUUUUUUUUUUUUUCCCUUCUCUCUCAUUUUCUUUAGGUCUCAAAGGCUCUCUCUGUCUCUUUCUCGAAAUCUGCUGCAGGAGUGAAUCGUCAAGCGAGUUUUGGAGGAUCUGUUUGAGGGUUUUUUUUUGGGAUUGGAUCUAGGAGUUUGUGUUCAGAAAUGGCUUCGAAACGGAUCUUGAAAGAGCUCAAGGAUCUCCAGAAGGAUCCUCCAACCUCCUGCAGUGCUGGCCCAGUCGCUGAGGACAUGUUUCACUGGCAAGCUACCAUAAUGGGUCCAUCCGAUAGUCCUUAUUCAGGCGGAGUCUUUCUCGUGACCAUUCACUUCCCUCCGGAUUACCCUUUCAAGCCACCAAAGGUUGCGUUUAGGACAAAAGUGUUUCAUCCUAAUGUCAACAGCAAUGGAAGCAUUUGCCUUGACAUUUUGAAAGAACAGUGGAGUCCUGCACUCACCAUCUCUAAGGUGUUGCUUUCGAUAUGUUCAUUGUUGACGGACCCAAACCCAGAUGAUCCCUUGGUUCCAGAGAUUGCCCACAUGUACAAAACAGACAGAUCCAAGUAUGAGUCUACUGCCAGAAGCUGGACUCAGAAAUAUGCAAUGGGAUAAAGUUGAAGUGUCUUCUGAUCCCUGAAGACUCUGGUUCUAAGAGAGAGAGAGAGAGAAAGAGAGAGGACUGCUUUCGCAUAGGAUCUUGCAUGAAAUAAGUUAGAUUCCUAUGUUUUAUCUCUUUGUUUGAAACCUCUUGUGAUGCAAACAAAAAAACUCAUUCCGUCUCCUCUUUAUCUAUCUCCUUGUUUCCUUUCUAUGUUUUCCUUGCAACUCCUUAAAAAGAAAUAUUAUGUAAAGUUGGACGAAUUUUUUUAAAAAAGAAUGUUUUGAAAAUGUUAAA